AUGCCAAGGGCGGGUCAGAGGAUCGCAGCAGACGUGGACGUCAUCGAGGAGGCUGAGCUUCGCCGACUGGAGGGCGGCGGCACCAGCGCCGCCGCGCCCACUGCCUCCGCCGCAAUCCCUGUCCCGCUCCGCACUCUCAAGGGUGCUGCGCGCGAGAAGGGUUACGGCCCACGUGCGGGCAGGCAUGACGGCCAGACCAACACGGGCGACGUUGACUGUAGAGAGGGCAAGUGGUCGGACAGCGAGGCGGCGCUGGUUUGGCGGGUCUUUUCGACACAGCUCUCCGACUACUAUCCCGGCGCAGACGAGGCCGACCGCCUCGCCCGCUUCUUCCGCACCGGCUCGUCGUCGGCGGCGGCGGGGGCGGAGGCCGCCGACAGCAGGGAGCGGCGCGAGGAGAGCCGCGCACGCCACCGCGUCUGGAGCUCGACCAAGGAGCUGUACGACCGCGAGAGCGAGGCGAGGGGCGAGCCGUCGCGCAAGCUGUCUGCGAUCCGCAACCGCGUGCUGGCGGUGCACCACAAGAGGACGUCGGCGCGCAAGUGGACGGCCGAGGACAUCGCGCUGCUCCGCCAGCUCGGCGACGCCGACGUGCCGUGGGUCGACGUCGGCGAGGAGCUCGGCCGCUCCCCCGCCGCAUGCCACAAGCAGUACAGGCACUACUCGACCUCGGCCUCCCUUGGCCGCUUCUCACUCGACGAGGAGCGGCGCCUGACGCGACUUGUCGAGGCCGCGGUCGCCGCGAUGCGCGACGUGGCUGGGGCGGGGGUGGGGGCGGGGCUAGCUCGGAGCGACGUGGCGGCGGCGCACCAGCGGCUCCCUUGGGACGCCAUCGCGGAGCAGUUCCCGGGCCGGUCCGCAAACAACCUUCGGACGGCGUGGGUUGGCCGGCUCGCUCCCGCGCUCCUGUCGCGCCCGGGAGUCGGGCCGGGGGAGGACGUCGCUCUCCUCGAGGCGCUCGAGGCCUCCGGCGCUCAGGACGAGAGCGAGGUGACGUGGGAGACGCUGCACCACACCUUCUCGGGCAGGCUGGCGCGGCAGCGCCUCUCCGUCCUCUCAAAGCACCUCGGCGCCGCCGCCGCGGGCGCUCCUCUCGACGAGCGCGUCUCGCUGCUGCUGCCUCUCCUCCGCAGCCAGGUGGAGGUGCCCGGCGCUCAGGCCGUGCGGAGGGCGGCGGCUCGCUCCAGCGACGGCGGCGACGCUGUGCAGGAGGGCGAGAAGAAGGGCGAGGGCGAGGAGGAGCGGAGGGCGAAGAAGGAGGCGAGGAAGGAGGCGAGGCGGCUUGCGCGCAAGGCGGAGAGAAGGGCGGCGAAGAAGGCAGCGGCGUUGGCGUGCGAGGCGCCGGGCGGGGCUGGGAAGAGCAGCAAGAAGCGCAAGGGGCGGGAGGCGAGCGGCGCAGGCGAGGGGGGGGGCGCGAGGAAGCCGAAGCGGAGUCGUGCGGGGGAGGGUCGUGCAAAGAAGCGGUGGAGUAGCGGACCGUAAGAAGGCGGCGACCUUUCGUGUCUCUGGUGAUGAUGCGGCCGUUUGGCCGGCGGACGUUAGUUUUUUUCCGCGAGGGAGUUUCAUGGUAAAAUUCGUUUCGCGC